AUGGGGUUUCUUCAACAUGUUGAAAUACUUGAGUGGAAGUGGGAAGGCAUCGCUAUGGAUUUUGUCACAGGAUUACCACAAAACCAAAAGGGUUAUCACUCAGUGUGGGUGAUUAUAGACCGGUUGACCAAAUCUGCACAUAUUUUGCAUGUGAAGACUACGUAUACAGCAUCUCAAUAUGCUAAACUUUAUUUGGAUGAAAUUGUCUCUUUGCAUAGUGUACUGAUGUCUAUUAUUUCUAACCGUGGGGCUCAAUUUAUUGCUCAACUUUGGAAGUCGUUCCAAACUUCAUUAGGAACUCAAUCUAAGUUUAGCACAACUUUUCAUCCUCAAACAGAUGGAGUUUUGGGGUAUGGUAAAAAGGGAAAACUAAUUCCAAGGUUCAUUAAACCAUUUGAAGUUUUAGAGAGAGUCGGACCGGUAGCGUACUGUUUGGCACUUCCACCGGAUCUCUCGGGAGUUCAUCUGGUCUUUCAUAUUUCGAUGCUUCGGAAGUAUCUUCAUGACCCUUCUCACGUGCUUAAUCAUGAAGACGUGCAGUUAGAUGAAAGUCUAUCAUACAUUGGGUAUCUGGUAGCUAGAUUAGAUCGCCAAGUGAGACAUUUACGCUCAAAAGAUGUUGUUUCAGUAAUAGUUCUUUUUGGUGUGGUCCAUUCGGUGAAGAAACUACGUGGAAACCCGAAUAAGUCAUUCGUGCAAAGUACCCACACUUAUGUUGAAACUCAAGGUGAAUAG